GCAAAGAGGGAAUCAUGAAGAGUCUCACAUUAGCAUUCAUUGCGAUCUGCAUGAUCGCCGUGCUGAUCCACUCAGCGGAGGGAAACAAUGAAGGACGUCGCGGGGAACGUGGAAAUGGAGUUCGUGGCCGACCAUCGCGUGGAUUUAUGGGUGAGGGAGCACCAGGAGGCCCACCUGGAGGACCACCAGGACCACCUGGAGGUCCACCAGGACAUCCCGGUAGGGGACCACCUGGUCAAGGACAUCCCCCUGGCCCACCAGGAAGCAAUGAAUCUGGUGCCGAGGGAUCAACUCCUGCCUCGUAAAGUUCAUCCUCAUCGAGUUCUGGAGGAAUGACAUGCAAUCCUCGAGAUUCAGUGUCAAAUUAGCAAUGGAGUUUCCGCAAAUAAACUUUGUGCAAUACCAGAGAA